CAGAAGAAAACUUACUCAUUGUUUUGGGAAUAUUGUACUUGAAAUUUGGGGUGAAUUUAUUUAUCACAUUUUAAGCUCAGUUGUAUUUCAGACAGCAUUCAAUUUUCUUGAGUUGAAUUUUCUUUGCAGGUUCAAAAGAACAUCGGACUGAUGAUGACAUGGUCGACGAUGAGUUCUGUGCAAAAGACCUUGUCUGCGCUUUUCGUAGAAAAUGGUGACAGUUUCACCGUUAACGAUGAUUGCUUGUCGCUCCUGGAGGACAUCCUCAGAGACCUUUCCGCCGACGACUGCACCUCAUGGCCUUUCAAGCGGGCCCUUGGCGCCGGCGAGAACGUCUCCAAGGUCCUACUUCCGCUGCUGGUGCGCGUCAGAGACGACGCCGACGUCCUAGACGCCGCGCGAAUCGUGGAAGCCGCCGUCAGGAUCCUGGUGAACCUCACCGUACCGCUCGAGUACCACAUGGGGUCGAUAGAAGCGUCCUCUCACACCGAGGUCGGUAAACGCACCAUCUGCGAGCUCAGCAAAGUUCUGAGCGCCAGCAAGGAGGCAUUCGCGGACAGCAGGAGCACCAAGGCCGUUGUAGACCACAUGAAGAGCAUCAUCGAGCGGAAGUCCCCGAUGUCUGCCGAGGACUGCGACAGUGUCAACGACUGCCUGCUGCUGCUGAGGAACGUGCUGCACAUCCCGGAGGGCCGAGCUCAGGGCUCGGGAAGCGCGGUCGGCCUGCAGAAUCAGAUCCUGUGGAACCUCUUCACGCAGAGCGUCGACAAGAUCAUCAUUUAUUUGUUGUCGUGUCCACGAAAGACGUGCUGGAGCAUCACCGUGGUCCAGCUGAUCGCCCUGAUGUACAAGGACCAGCACGAGGGCACGCUGCAGAAGCUGCUCAACCUCUGGCUCGAGGGGUAUUACAGCGACAGCUCGGAGGACAACGAGAGCAACACCUCGCCGCCAGAGCAAGGCAGCAACGAUUCCUCCCCCGUCGUCACAUCGGAUCCCACUUCUGAUUCCAGCGACAACGGCGGCAAUUGCAGGAACACGCACAACACCGGCAACAACAACAACAACAACAACAACAACAUGGUGAAUGUUAGCCCAGACUGGAAUAAAAUCAUCAACACGACAGAGGUGAUCAGAGCUGUUCAGAAUAAAUGCAAAUCUGCGAUAGCGAUCACUAGAAACGAGAGUACUGAGACCGAAACGACGAGUAGCAGUGGGAUCUUCUCCAUGAGUCCAAGUGCCGAGUCCAAUGGCAGCCAAUCCCAGUCAUCAGUGCCGCAAAGCAGGAAGAGUUCCGUGGGUUUAUCCAUACGCAGCGAGAUUUCUGACUGUGGUUAUGUUACUCAAUUGGAGAACCAAGAAUCCAUAUCAACCUCUAGCAACGAGGACGAUCUGCCGUGCGAGAAACCGGUCCAUCAGAAACCGCACACCUUCCAAAAAACCAGGUACAGCAACAAGAACCGAGCUGCAACCACUUUGGAGAAGAAAGAGCUCAGACGGAAGAAGUUGGUGAAAAGAAGAAAGAGUAACAACAUCAACAUGAAAGGUCUAUUGCACCACUCGCCCACCGAGGACGAUAUCUCCAACAUACUGAAAGAGUUCACCGUAGACUUCCUGCUGAAAGGCUACGGCAACCUGGUCAACGAUCUACACUCUCACCUGCUGUCCAACGUCCACGUUCAAAUGGACACCUCCCACUUCCUCUGGCUGGUCACGUACUUCCUGAAGUUCGCCAUCCAGCUGGAGCUGGACCCCGAGCACAUCAGCCCGGUCCUGACGUGGGAUAUUCUGUCCUAUCUCGUUUUCCAAGGGGUGUGCAUCUACGAGGAGUUCGAAAUUAGUUGUUCGAUGGAAGAUGUCGAUUUGCGGCCAUGUUUGAGACGGUUACAUUUGGUUGUAACCGCGCUAAGGGAGUUCCUCCAAGGAAUCGAAGCUUACCAAAAAAUGAUCCACCUCAGCGACAACGACAGAAAUCACUUGGAGACGUUGCGGAGACAAAUAGUGCAAACGCAGGACAUCAAAAUGUUAUUUAUACUACUGCUGAGACAAUAUAAUCCCAAUAUACAAAGUAGACAGUACCUGCAAGAUCUGAUUCUAACUAAUCAUAAUUUCUUGUUGUUCCUGGACAAGUCCGACGUGCAGACAGAAAAAAAUCCAAUCAACCUCAUGAUACAUAUGAAACAGUUUGCUUCUGUUGAAGUGAUGCGUCAAUAUGGCCUGUUACUAGAAGGUUUCAAAGAAAAUGGAGAAUACGUUAAUAACUGUAUAUUUACUAUGAUGCACCACAUUGGGGGAGACCUACAGAGUGUGUCAACUCUCUUCCAACCAAGCAUUCUGAAAACUUUUUCCCAGAUUUGGGAAACUGAUUAUGAAAUAUGUGAUGACUGGGCUGAUUUGAUCGAAUAUGUUAUUCACAAAUUUAUUAAUACUCCAAAUAAUCACUGUGGAAAAACAAACUCAACAAUGAAGUUCGAGAAGGAUGACACUCAAGAUAAAUUGGAAGACACCGAUCAUAUUUCACAAUCUGAGUUCAACCCAUCUGAGUGGACUAGAGAAGAAAAAGAUGAUCUUCUGAGAUAUUACAAUGAAAACAAAGAAUCAUCAGACUUCAUAGCCUUAAUAACAGAGAAGUAUGAAGAACACGGCAUACGUUUCAAAACUCAGAUAUCCGUCAUAAACGAACUAUUAGACCAAAGAAUCAUAUCUGAGAAUGAGUACGACUGUCUUCUCAAACAUCAAGAAAUCGAUAGUACCGACCACUUCUCGGAAGUAGAAACUAAGGAGAAGAUUUUCGAUCGAAAUGUCGAAGCCAUCGAGUAUUUGGACAGUGACAUCAAGGUGUUGAAAGAAUACUUGGUCAAAGAAAAUAAGGGGAAACAUCUAAUUUGGUUGCAGCAGUUGUUAUUAGAAACUUGUUGUGUAAAAUUGGUGCAGAGUUCCCCAGAAGAAUUCAAAAACAAUGACAGUGUUAUGGAGCCUACAGUGUAUUAUUCUGCACGUUGUGGUUUUGAAGUUCUUUCUGAAGCUUUCACCAAGCUCGAGGAAGUUCAAAAACGCAUUGACAAUUCACUUUUUUUAGAUUUGAACUUGCCUGUUCCGGUUAUACCUUGGACGACUGAACAAACGAACAUUCUGAAGCACCAACCAUUCGUUCUGUUGCUUCACAAAUUGGGUAUUUACAUGCCAGCAGAUACUGGCAAAAUUUUCGUGAGAAUACCGAAUUUUUGGACGGUCGAUUACAUUUUCAGUAUAGCCCAGCAACUAGCUCCAAUUGAUACAGAAAAACUGAAAUUCGAUGUGAACAGACUGAAAAUCCGAAAUAAAUGUGAUUCCGCAGAAGUUGAAUACUCGAAUACUUACAAUGAUAUUGGAAAGUUCUCAACGAUAUAUUUGAGACAGCUCCCAUCGAUAAGAUAUACACCACUCAAAAACCAGCUAUCCAUAGCCAUACCUGAUACCCAAUUAGCCUCGUGCAACCUGCCCCUAUCGGAACUGGCCAUCGUCAGCCACCAGGAGGCGUUCGACAAGCCGAGGCCCUCUAGCCCCAUCACGUACAUCCACGAAUCAGACCCGAUUCUCGAUGACCUUGACAGAAACAGUAACUGUGACACUGCCUCGGUGGCCUCGGACUUAACUAGGAUGUGCGUGAGUGACGAGGAAGACAAUGUGGUGUUAGUUAUAAAGAAAAAGACAGAAAAAAAAUCGUAAAUUUCGUGUUUUGUGUCUUCAGCUAAGAGAAAUAGUUAGAUAACGCUUGUUGUUCAAUUAGCGGAAAUAACUUACAGACAGAGGAGGUCAAUGUUUGCUGUACUCUACUCAUUCUGUAGUGCCAUAUUUACCAUAUUUCAUGGGUUAUAUCUCCCUGGACCUUCUCAUUUUAUUGGUCUUGAUCGAGGUUUCUUGACCGGAUGAUGGCGGUUAGAUGGCAAGUUUUAUUUGAAGAUCUGAAAAUUGGAUGCUCUAUCUUCUCAUACUAGUAUACUACAACUAACGAGUCUUCAACAAUGAUUGAAAGUCACCUGACAGAUUACUAUGCAAUCAAGAAUACAUUCGUAUCUCUUCAACGUGGGUGGAAAAGAGACGCCGCAUCAAAAAUGGUCACGUGGCCCUCAUUCUUUGUCGAAGACCCGGUACAAUCGAAACUGGUGAUGAUAUGCAGUAGUUUCAAGUCAUCAGUCAUGAGUUUCUAGUAGUGAGUUCCAAGUAAUGAGGAUAUUUCGGUGAUAUAUGCAUGCAAAAGGAUCAUAAGGACUGUCAUAUUAUCAUUAUCAGAGCAUUCCUGCUUGAUCAUUCUCUGGUAGAAGUCCAUAUUUGCUCAAAGUGGAGUGGAAAUUUACAAAAGAAAACCACAUACAUCCACGAAUCAGACGCGAUCCUCGAUGACCUUGAGAAAAACAGUAACAGUGACACUGCCUCGGUGGCUUCGAACUUAACUAGGAUGUGCGUGAUUGACGAGGAAGACAAUGUGGUGUUAGUUAUUGAGAAAAGGACAGGAAUGAAAUCGUAAAUUUCGUGUUUUGUGUCGUCAGCUAAGAAAUAUAGUUAGGUAACGCUUGUUGUUCAAUUAGCGCAAAUAACUUACAGAUAGAGGAUGUCGAUGUUUUCUGUACUCUACUUAUUGUGUAUUUACUAUAUUUCAAAGAUUAUAUCUCCCUGGAGCUUCUCAUUUUAUUGGUCUUGAUCGAGGUUUCUUGACCGGAAGAUGAAGGUUAGAUGGCAAUGUUUAAUGUUCAUUUGAAGAUCUUGGAUGCUCUAUCUUCUCAUACAAGGAUACUACAACUACAAUCAAAACUGACACUUAUGGUCAAAAUAUGCGGUAGUUUCAAGUCAUGUUAUGAAUUUUCAGUAGUGAGUUUCAAGUAAUAAGGAUAUUUCGGUGAUGUAUGCAUGCAUGGAUCAUAAGGACUGUCAUAUCAUCAUAAUGGAAGCAUUCCUUGAUAGGCCAAUUUCACAUAUAAUAUCAAUUUUAUAUCAUUCUCUUCUAGAAGUCUAUAUUUGCUUAAAGUUGAGUGUAAUUUUUCAGAAGAAAUAAAGAAUGCUUAGUCAUCUACAUACUUAUUGAUGAUGUAAGUUAAACAUUCUGUUAUUAAUCUAUGGUGGAAGUCCAUGUUUGCUGUUAUUUUUUGACAGUUCAAGUUCUCACUACUUUGUUUUUAGAACCUCAUAACUUGUGCUUUUUUGAGUCCGAAACAUGUCCGCUUGAAUAAUUAUUACUUAUUCACAUCUUAUGACUAAAACUGCUGCAUAAAACCCAUCAUAAGAUAUAAUGUUUCCCAAAGACACUAGCAGACAACAAAAUGGAUACCUACUCACUGAUGAAAUAUAAUUUAUUUCUCUUUGUUUUGUUCUUUUGAGAACAUACACAACUUGCAAUUCAAACCUUACUAGGUUCUACAUAACAGAACCUACAAUCUUUUUGUUGGUUUAGACAAAUGUCAGUUCAGAUCUAUCUACCCUAGCUAACCUAACUUUAUUCGACUUCUUC